CAGUAGAGUAAAGCUGGAGAGUUUUAAAGACGAGUGCAGUUUAUCUGGAGGGACAGGCAGUCAGGAUGAAUAGCAUCACUCUGAGGGGUUCUGAAGACAGAGGAGACAGAGAGAACGAGAUUCAGGCUGCUGAGAAUCCCACAACUGAAGCUACAACCACAACCUCCACCCAACAAAGCUGCCAGCAGGACAUCCACUCUGUACUGAGAGAGAUGAGCGCUGUGCUGGCAGAGCUGAAAGUUGAACAGAGACACACGACGACUGCAGUGAACAACUUAGAGAGCAGACUGAGAGCCAGUGAGAGUCAAGUGGAGGAGCUGAAGAAGAAGGUAGAGGUGGAGAGUCACAUCAAUCAAGAGAAGCUGAACGACUUGAAAACAUCACUCAACAAUGAAGGAAUCAAGAAUCAAGAGAAGCUGAGCGACUUGAAAACAUCACUCAACAAUGAAGUGGAGAUCUUAAAAAAGGAGAAUCAAGCUCAGGCAGUGAAUCACAGCACACUGGAGGUGAGAUUUGAGACUGAAGUGGAUGAACUGAAGACUAAAAGUGAUGAGUCACUGAAAGACUUGAAAAACUCCCUGAAGAUCACAGAGAACAAUGUGGAGAUCCUGAAAAAGGAGAACCAAGCUCAGACAGUGAAUCACAGCACACUGGAGGUGAGAUUUGAGACUGAAGUGGAUGAACUGAAGACUAAAAGUGAUGAGUCACUGAAAGACUUGAAAAACUCCCUGAAGAUCACAGAGAACAAUGUGGAGAUCCUGAAAAAGGAGAACCAAGAGAGAAAAGUGGUGUUUUCAGCAUCACUUUCAGGCGGGGAAUCGGCUAAUCAUGGACCAUACAGCACUGAUGUUACUCUGGUCUACAAACACGUCUUCAUCAACAUCGGAAACGCUUACAACCCAGUUACAGGUAUUUUCACUGCCCCUGUCAGAGGAGUCUAUGAAUUCAAAAUCUACGCUUUUGGACUUGGUGGAAGAACUAUGUCAGUGGUCUUACAGAAGAAUGGACAUCAUGUAACAGGAGCAUAUGUUCAUCAACAACCAAAUGUUGUAAAUUCCUCUAAUGGAGUCUCACUGUUACUGGAAGUAGGAGAUGUUGUCUGUGUGAAGGUCAGAGCUAAUGAUUGGGUACAUGACAGUACAUUUCAUCACACCACCUUUAGUGGUCAGAUGCUGUUUUCUGUUUGAGCAGUUUAAUUUUAAAUGUUCAGUGUAAAGAGACUCUGUGAUUUUCAGUAACUAACUUCAGAAUAUACAUUUUAAACUCAGAGAGGUGAAAGGUCAUCACUGUAUCCGUACUUUAUCCUUUAUUUUCUUUAAAAUAAGUAAUACUGUAUAUCUGCCUUCCAUGUUGUUGUAAUGACUAAAAGUGUGGGGAAAAAUAAGUAACUAAUAAUGUGUGAUCUUCACUAUGUUACCAUU